CGCUGCCACACUGAUCCUCUUAUCGACAAGUAAGCUGCCAAGAUGGACGUUGUAAACCAGUUGGUGGCCCAAGGCCAAUUCACGAUACUCAAGCAGCCUUUAGGAUUCAUCAAGGCUCUACAAUGGAUCUUUGCCAUCUUCGCCUUCUCCACAUGUGGCAGUUACUCAGGCAUGUUCAAGAUGAGCGUUGAGUGUAAAAACCGGUCGGAGAGCAACCUGGCCAUCGAGGUAGAAUUUGAGUAUCCGUUCAGGCUCCAUCAGGUGUACUUCGACGCCCCAACCUGCAAGGGGGAACGCCCCGAGCGUCUCUUCCUGGUCGGUGACUACUCCUCCUCGGCUGAGUUCUUCGUCACCAUCGGUGUCUUCUCCUUCCUGUACUCCAUGGCAGCCCUCUCCGUUUACUGCUUCAUGCUGGAGAAAUACCGGGAAAACCAGAAGGGCCCCCAGAUUGACUUUGUGGUCACAGCGGUGUUUACCUUCUUCUGGCUGGUGUCUUCGUGCGCCUGGGCCAAGGGCCUGUCGGACGUCAAGACCGCCACGGACCCCGACAAAGUCAUCCCCCUCAUCACCGCCUGUGAUGAGCUGGAGAACCGCUGCAAAGAAAUCCACGACCCCAAGGUCUCUGGCCUCAACACCUCCGUGGCGUUCGGCUUCAUCAACCUGAUUCUCUGGUCUGGGAACCUGUGGUUCGUGAUCAAGGAGACCGGCUGGUUGGCCGCCUUCGGGGUCACAUACGCUCCGUCCUCCCAGGAGAAGCAGCCCGCCCCCGACUCCUUCGCCCAGGGGGGGGAUUACGCCCAGCAGGACCCCUACGCCGGCUCCCAGGGGGGCUACCAGCCCGACUACGGCCAGCAGAGCUACACCGAGGGCGGCGAGUACAGCCAGGGCUAUGAGCAGCAACCCACUUCCUACUCCAAUCAGAACUGA